UUCCAGGGGAGGGCUAUGCUUAGUAUUUAAUGGUUUUAAUGCAGCCAGAGCAAGCGUUUGCCCUGGUGCCUCUGCUGUAUUUAUGGCCCAGAAGUUGGGCUUAGUCUGAACACACAUGUAGGAGUUACCCUAAAAGUGAAAUAGGGCCAAACAGGGUUUUGGGGAAGCUGCAAGUGGCUGAAAGGAAAUGGUGAUGGAAGGGGAGGGGCUCCUGCACACUGAGCCCGUGGCUGCCCCAUGCUGGCUGUGCUGUGCCCCAGAUCCCCCCCUACCAUCCCCAGCCACACAGGAGCCAGUACUGCCAUUCCUGGGGCUCAGGGAAUGUGUUCCAUGCUUCGUUCAGCCCUUCCAGCUCUGACUGACAGGGUAAAGGCACCUCCUUGACCCUCUGCUGCAGUACCCUGUGCCAUCACGGGGCAGCAUCAGCAGUCAGGGGAGUGCUUGGAUAUCAGGGCAGCCAGCCUGGCCUCACCCUGCACUGCCCUCUGAUCCCAGAGGUUAUUUCCCUCCAGGUUACCCCCGAUGGCUCCCAGCUCCCCUCCUCCCCAGCCUGGAGCCACUGGAGGGGCUGGGCUGGGAAGCACCCGAGUACAAGCCACAGCGAGUAAACAAUUACGGGUGCGAUUGCAGCCCGAGUUCCGCUUCCCCGGGGCUUUAAGACGGAGCAGAGCUGCGUGAGGGCAGAGAGGAGCGCAGGAGCAGCAAUGGGGGACGCCUUCAUCCGGCACAUCGAACUGCUGGGCUACGAGAAAAGGUUUUUCCCCAGCCAGCACUAUGUCUACAUGUUCCUGGUGAAGUGGAAUGACCUCUCCGAAAAGGUCGUCUACCGCCGCUUUACUGAGAUUUACGAGUUCCACAAAGCGCUGAAGGAGAUGUUCCCCAUUGAAUCCGGGGACAUCAACAUAGAGAACCGGAUCAUCCCGCACUUGCCAGCCCCCAAGUGGUUUGAUGGGCAGCGCUCAACUCAGAACAGGCAGGGCACACUGGCCGAGUACUGCCACACCCUGGUGAACCUACCCCACAAGAUCUCCCGGUGCCUGCACGUGGUCAGCUUCUUCAAGGUUCGUCACGACGACAUGAACCCUGUCACAGACAGCCAGAUCAAGAAGCCUGAGGUCUUCCUCCUGCCAAAGGAUUCCAAGAAAAACCUCACUGACAUCACGGGUCCCAUUGUCCUGCAAACGUACCGAGCCAUCGCUGACUAUGAGAAGAGCUCCACAUCUGAGAUGGCUCUCAAGGCUGGGGACAUGGUGGAUGUCGUGGAGAAGAGUGAGAACGGCUGGUGGUUUUGUCAAUUGAAGAAUAAACGAGGCUGGGUACCUGCUGCCUAUCUGGAGCCAAUGGAUGGUCCUGAUGAGUCUGAAGAACAGGAGCCUAACUAUGCAGGUGAAGUGUACACGGUCCAGAAAAGCUACACUGCUGUGGAAGAGGAUGAGCUGACCCUCAAGGAGGGUGAUACCAUUGAAGUCAUCCACAAGCUCCUUGAUGGCUGGUGGGUCAUCAGGAAGGAUGAAACCACAGGUUACUAUCCUGCCAUGUACCUGCAGAAAGCUGGGGAGGUGGACACCUCUGUCAAGAGUGAGCUGAGGAACCGGGGUGCUCCUCCACGGAGAUCCACCAUCCGAAAUGUGAAGAGCAUCCACAGGCAGGGCCGGAAGCAAAUCAGCCAGGAGACCUAUAGGAGGAACAGCAAGAAGUACAUCCAGAAGCAGCAGAAGAUGCAGGGAAAUUUCCAGAACAAAGCCAAUGUCAUCAUUGAGAAAAAGGAGCCAGAGGACAACAAGCCCAAGGCUCAACCUGCUGUUCCUCCCCGUCCCAGCAAAGACCUCAUCCUGAACCGCUGCACUGAGAGCACACGGAGCAAGAUCCUGUGAGCAUCCUGUGAGCCCCCACAGCAGUCCCCCAGAGCUUCAUCUCCUGCAGCUCCUGUGCAGCCAGGGCUCGGAGCUGGAGCAGGGAUCCAGGGGGCUCUGGGAGGCCAGGGAGGCUGCUGGCCACGCCAGCCCAGCCCAGUGCCCAUCCUCAUCCUCCAGCACAGCCAGCCCAAGCUGUCCUGCUCACACUCUGAGGAGGCACCAGCCCUGCUCUACCAGCUCCUUCUAAGCACCAAAAGCCCUCAUCUCUAGAUCUGCCCUUCUAAUACCUCUUUGUAUUUUGAAUUAUGUUUGUGGUUUUCAUCAAUAAAG